AUGUCUAGCCCUCCUCCACCGACAACUACACCUCGUCUUAAGUUUGAUUUUCCUGACUUCGAACAACCGAUCAUAACUGACUUCCCGGUUCCCGAGGGAUCAACAAGGCCAUGCUUCUCAGCUAACCCAACUCCAGUACAUGAAACAACCACGCCUGAACAGCCGAGUCCCCCAGUGGAAAGUCCAAUUAUGGAUAUGGAAGAGACCACACAAGUUCCCGAGGCAAUCAACAUCACCCCUCCUACGGAAAUGGAGCAGAAUCUAGUGCCGAUUGAAGAAGCCUCGGCCCACGAAUCGGGAAAAUCUACCAGCAACAACAAAGAGCCACCGCCAAAGAAAAGAAAAAAGAAGAAGCUCACUAAUGCUACUAAAACCACUGCUGGCUUAUCUCCUACGUCAUCAAACAGCUCUUCUCCUUCCGAGUCCCUUUCUCAGCCGGAGCCUACGACCAAUACUGCAGCUGAGACUACGAAUGAGACUCCCGAUAAUGACAAAGAGACUUCCAAGGUUACUGAAAAAGCCCUGCCUACUAAGCAUGCCAAGAUACUCAUCCGUGGACUUCCAGAUGAUUUUGAUACAGAAAUUAUUUCCCAAGAUUUUGGGAAGUUGGACUUAAAACUUCAUAAAAUUAUCCAGUUCAAGAAGAGGGAGGGCGGGUCUAUGGGCUCCUCCCCCUUUUUGUAA